CGCGAGGGGGUGAUACGCGGCGCGGGGAUGGCGUCCCUCAAAUAAAUUUUCAUUAUUCCCAGCGACGUGUUGCAAGGUGCAGUUGCAUCGUGCAUCUAGAUUGAGUCUAGCAUAUUAUGUGAAUAGAUUCUAUUAUCCAUGCCGUGCCCAACUCCGCUCUUCGUGAUAACCAUGAUUUUCUUUUGCCUCGGUGUUUCUAUGCUGGGGGUUAUAUUGAGCAAGCCGGCUUGUGCCGCUGAAACUCCUUGUUCGGAUGGGCAGCUAUGCCCACCGCAAUGGGAAUGCUGCGAUGAAGGUUGUUGCGCACCAGCCACAAACCCCCCACGUCACGGUCCAAAUGAUCCUUUGGAAGAUGUUUUCAAUGGUUCCUGGUAUUCACAGUGGGAGGUGCUGUUCCUCUUGGGUACUCUAGCCGGGAUCCUGGUGUGUUGCGUGUGGUGCCUGGUUUACAAGCGUCCAUCUGGCAUCUACAUGUGUUCUUUCGCUUGCUGCAUCCCCCGUAAUCGCUCCGACCGCGACUCUGCUGGCUCCGUCUACCCUCCCCCGCGCUACAGCCGCUGUGGAUCCAUACACCAGGCGCCACCACCGUAUUCUGAAGUCACGUCAAAACCAGACCUCUAUCCACUCGUUAUUACAUGCGGCGAAGGAGACGGUAAAUCCGGAGGAAGCUAUCUUAUGGUUCACUACUUUAGAAACUAUGUAAUUCGCGCACCAGGUUCCCUAUCAGCUACCAGUACCGCAGAAUCCCUUAAUUCUAGUUUUAUAUGUAACGCAGCAAAUGAGGUAAAUUCUAUAAUUCCACCACCAUAUUCAUGUGCGAGUAACUGCGGGGAGUGCGGCGCGGGGUGCGGCGCGGCGUGCGGCGCGGCGUGCGGGCGCGGCGCGCUGCGCUCCAUGACGUCACUACCCGAGCCGCGGCGACGCGAGCACGGCGCUUUCCGAGAGAAUGUCAUCACUUCACCGGAUCAAAAUUACGAUCUGGAGUUGGAUCUCAUCGACUGUGAACUUUACUGUGAUGGAGGAUGCAAGCCUCGUCUCGGUUCGUCGCCUCCACCACGUCGAGCCUCUCCCAGCACUGAUGACACUUACUGUGAACGCGCCGCAUACCUCCGCCACCUCUUCCUGACAUCUCCGGAUACACCUGGAGGAUGUGAGUCACCGCCGCAACCCACCAGCCCGACGCAAUCAAGAGAGUCGACUCUCCGAAGACAGAUCGACGAAAGAUGCCAAAGAAGACACGACCUCUUCCGAAAAACUCCACGGACGAGAAAAUCGAGCUUAUAUAUACCACUAUCAAAAAUACCUCCCGGAACAAGAAAAUUACUAACGAGAUCCGCUCCAGCAACACCGAGUGGAGCUCUUGUACCCAAUUUAUUAAAUUUUACACAGAGAGUCUCAGCUUCGAGACUCAGCUCGAGAUCGUCAAGGUUAGAAGAAGAGAACGACCCCUUGUUAGCGGACGUGGAAUCCUCGCGCAUGGAUCAUAAAUUCUAGAACACCUCGCUGCGUUAUAUUCAAAUAGCAUCUAAUUAAUGAGUGUUUCAAAAUAGAAGUUCGUGACUGUACCCUAUCUCACGGCCUAGUUUCUCAACCCCAACCAGCUAACAGCGAUCUUGUGGGGAUCAUCCAAAUCUCAAUGUUGUGAUUGUUUAUAAUAUGCUCUAUCGCGAACACCGCGACGUAGCUAGCUAAAUGUUAUUCAAUUAUAUUACUUAGAUUUAAGGAAUGAGCUUGUUGGACCAUUGUUCACUUGCUUUCUAUUAUUAUAUUAUAUGUCAAAUUAG